CGCGAAGGAGACCCCGCAUCCAUUGACAGGAAAACCGCCGGCGCGAUUGGCGUCCGGUGGCCCGAGUCAAGCGCCCUGCGUGGUGCGCCGGCACUGGCCUGCCGCAGGUGCCCAGUUUGGUGCGGCAAACGAACGCGGCCCGGCGUGUUGCCGCCCUGCCCCUUGUCGAUGGAUCGCCCCGCAACUGGAACCAGUGCGGCAGCGCGCCCGCCCGUAGUCGGGAAGAUCAAAAGCGCGUCCGUUUUCGGUAGUCGCAACGACGUGCCCUCGUGAAGAAUUUCAGGUCGCGCGUCAUGACUAAAGCCGGCGGCCGCGCUGGGCUGGCGCGGGCGCGCGCCCCGCCCCUGCCUGGGUGAAUUUUGGUUGGCCCGCCCCUGUGGUGAAGUAUGAAAGCAAGCGGGACGAGAACCAGAGGGCCGGGGCGAGAAGGGUGGCGGCCGGGCGCGUGCAGCUAUCGGACCAUGGGGCCGGAUGCCCGAAGGUGUCGCCCCAAAGACCCCGCCCGCAUAUGAGCCCGGAGCGGGUUGCGUCGGGGCGAUAGCGGGGGGGGGACAACACGUAGCGGCUUUCAAAAAUGGCCCAGAGGGUCGCGCGCCUGGCGCAUUAUCUGGGAGCGAGGGGCCCGCCACUCUGUGUGUCCGCGCCCCGCCGUGGGUGCUACGAGUCAGCGCCCCCGCAUGGAAUUACAUUACGCAGCACAAAAGCCCAAGCAAGGGAGAGGGACUUGGGGCAAGCAUCUGAAGCUGUGGACCGUUGCCACGGUCGAAGGAAGGGCGCCGGCCGGAAUUUACGAAGACGCAGCCCCGCCGGCGCGGCCCUGGCCGCGGCUGCAAAUACCUCCCCCCGAAGGCGGGCAGCCGCGCCGGGCUGAUAAACGGCGAC